UUCUGAACGGAUCGAACCGCGCGCAGUUCCGUUGAUUUUUUUCGUUUUCCAAUAAUCCACGAACACGAAGUUCUGUGAGAUGGUAACAGUUCGAAACGAUAUCGAGAGUACGAUCAGUAUUGAACUGAAAACAAGAAAGGACAUCAAUGUGAGUCAGUCCAGUAGUGGAGCGAAGCUCCCGAGGCCACGCCGUUCCUAUCGAUGUGUGACCCUUGUUGGGCUGGCUGUUCUACUGCUUCUGGUAGUCGGGGUAGGAAGCGUUCUGUUUUAUGAACACAUUUUGAGCCUCAUUACGGUGGAAAACAGAGAUGGAACUCCCAGUCCGAGGGUACCGCUGACCGGUGCAACUAGUCCCGUUCCUUUCGCCAUCGAUGGCGUUAAGCUCGGCGGUGAACCUAUCGGUCCCGUGCUGAUUGAUCCAUACGAGACUGAUGGCGCGGGAUCGACUACAUCUACUCAACCGACGACUGAGGCUGGGACAAUGAUUUACAUCGAUCUUGAUGAAUCCACGGAGCGUAGACCGCCGAUCAUUUACGAGGACGUGGACAGUAGUGAGGAAAGUAGUGGCGAUAGUAGUGGCGAUGGCAGCGGAGAUUAUUAAGGAGAUUGGCAACGGUUGCAAUUGGAUGAAUCUUACUGAAGAGUUGAGAGCUGAUGAACGAGUCGCGUGCAGUUUGGACACUACAGCUUUUGUGUGAUAAGACUAGAAUGAAUCUUGCGAAUGUUUUCAUAACACUGCUUGUAAAUAAGAUGGAACGAGGCUGGUGAAUGUAAACAAUGUAGGUUAAGUGUUAUUACAUUUAAUUUGUGUGACUUUUGAGCUCGUGUUGAUUAAAGCAUUCCCGACGCUA